ACCAUGGGUGACUGGAGCUUCUUGGGAAACGUCCUGGAGGAGGUAAAUGAGCACUCAACAGUGAUCGGCAGGGUAUGGCUGACUGUGCUCUUCAUCUUCCGGAUCCUCACCCUGGGAACGGCGGCAGAGUUUGUCUGGGGUGACGAACAGUCAGACUUCAUCUGCAACACCAAGCAGCCGGGCUGUGAGAACGUGUGUUACGACGAAGCCUUUCCCAUUUCGCACAUCCGGCUCUGGGUUCUCCAGAUCAUCUUUGUCUCCACACCGUCACUGAUGUAUGUCGGCCAUGCUGUGCACCAUAUCCAUAUGGAGGAGAAGCGCAAGGAGAGAGAGGAGGUGGAGGUGAGCCACAGGCAGAAGACAGGAGAGGAACAUCUGCCAUCAACACCCGACCAAGGCAAUGUUCAUGCUGUCAAGGAGGCCACCACCAAAGGUGGCAAGAAGUACCGUCUAAAGGGCACCUUGCUACUGACCUACACCUGCCAUAUCAUCUUCAAGACCCUCUUUGAGGUGGGUUUCAUAACGGGUCAGUACUACCUCUAUGGUUUCAGCAUCCUUCCCCUGUACAAGUGUGCCCGGUGGCCCUGCCCCAACGUUGUAGAUUGCUUUGUCUCGCGGCCCACCGAAAAGACCAUAUUCAUCAUCUUUAUGGUGACUGUGGCCUUUGUGUCACUCUUCCUUAACUUUGUGGAGAUCUUCUACCUGGGGAUCAGGAAGAUCCGCUGUUUAUCCUGCGAGCCCUCAAUGCCGCAAAGUGAUUCAAGUUUACCCUCUGUGGCCAUGUUCUCGAUCCAGAAGAUGCAGAGAUACAACCUACUGAAAGACAGGCCCACAGCCCAGUUCUACUGCAUUACCAAGGAGGGGCUGGAGGAAGAGAGGCUCUGCAUGCCCCACAGUACACUGGAGAAGAAGGUGGCAGAUCCAACCAUGCUAAAGCAGCCCAUGAGGUAUGGUGAAGGUGCCACCCCCUAUGUUGUGACCACGGAGCCAAAAGAAGAGGAGCAAGAGCAUCCUGUCGAAGCCACUGAGACGAUACAAGACAUCAGACCUCUGAGUAGCUUGAGCAAAGCCAGCAGCAGGGCAAGGUCAGAUGAUCUCACUGUUUGAGCCUGAGAAGCAGGAAGCAGGUCCCCUUAUGAGACUGCAGGGGCACAAGGGGGUUUUCAAGGGGAGCAACCUUUAAGGAGGCCAAUGCUUAAAGGCAGGGAGAGCGAAAGGAAGGCAGAGAAAAACGGCCAAAAUGUUUCCACGGUUAGUGAGAAAUGCGCUUACGGUGAUGAACUUUCAUUUUAUGCUGCUGAAUUUUUUAAUAAUAUUUCU